GUGAUGUUCAGCCUAUUAGAUUAAAUUCACCCACCUCUUCUCUUCUUUUACCUCUUUCCUCAUCUUCCAUCUUCGACCCCGAGUACGUUUCUGUCUGUAACAAGCAGAAGCGCUUCUCCAUCGUCGGUCGUCAGCAGGUCCCUCCCAAGGAGUGGCAAUCGCGUCAUGGUCAUACCAAUUUUAUCGAGCGUUGCAGGCUUCCUCGGUAUUACCUCGCUACGAGCAACUGGACGAGAUGCAUACAUUAUCAUCACACUGCGCUCUCUGCGCAUGUUCACGUCUGGAAUACCGUCGCUGAUCCUCGCCUUGUUCUUUGCCUCGCUCAAGUUUCCGGAUUCCCGGAUUGGAGUGUUCAUGACACUGACGUUGCUUGGCGAUGUGCUUCUGUCAUUACUGUUGACUCUCGUCGCGGACAAACUGGGCCGGCGAAGGAUACUGUUUGGUGGCAGCAUCAUGAUGGCCUUUUCCGGUGUAGUUUUUGCGUUAUCGGAGAAUUUCUGGAUCCUGUUGAUCGCAGCUGUCUUUGGAAUCAUUAGUGUCACUGGUGCAGACUGCGGUCCCUUUCGAGCAGUCGAAGAGAGCAUCUUGAGUGGACUAACAAACGAGAAGACUAGAAGCGAUGUUUUGGCAUGGUAUGUCACAUUUACCACAAUGGCAGGGGCCGUAGGUGCCGAACUUGCAGGAAGAGUUGUACAUGCUUUAGAAAAGAGGCAUGACGUCGUUAAGGUCUACCACGCGCUAUUCUGGGCCUACGCAGCCUUCGGAAUGAUUGGAAGCAUUCUUUGUCUGGGUCUGAGUGAGCGGUGUGAGGCAGCUGGCGAGAGACGCGCAGAGAUGCAAGAGCGCGGACGAGGAGGCAACGAUGGGGAGGAAGAGGAAGUCCUGCUGGAAGCUAUGACACCAAGCACUACCGACGGUUUCGAUCACGAAGAGGGCCAUGCAGCGAGACGCACAGACAUCAGAGUUCCGCCCAAGAAGAAGCAGAGCUACUUCAGCCAGAUCUCAAAGACGACUCGCUCCAUCAUGUACAAGCUCUGGAUCCUCCUGGCUAUCGACUCUCUCGCAGAUGGCAUGACACCAUACUCACUCAUAAACUACUACGUCGAACAAAAGUUCCACGUUUCGAAGGCAACACUGGGCGACAUCACCUCCGCUUCACAGUUCCUAUGCGCUGUCAGUGCCAUCUUUGCCGGUCCACUCGCGAAGAAGAUUGGACUCAUCAAUACAAUGGUGUUUACUCAUCUCCCUUCUUCGAUUGCAAGCGCCUUCAUCCCAAUGCCGAAGACUGUCGGCCCAACUAUUGGCAUUCUUCUUUUCAGAGCUGCGCUCAACAGCAUGGACCAAGCCCCACGAACGGCAUUUAUUGCAGCUGUUGUGAAACCUGAAGAGCGCACAGGCGCCAUGGGCAUUACGAGUAUGGUCAGAACUCUAGCAAUGAGUGUCGGGCCCUCAAUCACUGGUCUUCUGUCUGGCAAUGACGUGUUCUGGGUUGCCUUCCUUGGCACUGGCACUUGCAGGAUUAUCUACGAUCUGGGAUUAUGGGUGCUUUUCUCAACAGUGAAGGUCGAUAACAAACCUGCUGCAAGAGAAGAUGAUCUAAAUAGCGUGGACGACGAGGCAUGGAAUGGCCUGCUGAGCGACAGCGAUGGCGACAGCGUUCUCAGCAACGAGAGCAGAAAGAGCAAAAACUUUGGACGAGCCCAGAACAGGAUAUAAGCGGUGGACAGAGUGGGUGCCAUAUCAACGUCAAGACUGACGAGCACGGUCUGAGAGAUUUGGCAAGGAGCUAAAGCGCUGGAGAUAGUAACUUCAUUUACAGAAAUGACGGGCGUAUUGUAUGCGCAAGGAA